CCAGGAGCUCCAGCGCCGGGGCCGCCACCGCGGCGGGCACCCGCGUUCCCGGCGCGCACGGACCAUGGAGAGGGCGGCCCAAGGCGCAGACGGCGGCGGGGGCAGCAACAGCAGCAGCCGCAGCAGCAGCCGCGCCACCUCGGCGGGCUCCUCGCCCUCCUGCUCCCUGGCCGGCCGGGGGGUCUCCAGCCGGUCUGCGGUAGCGGGGUUCGGCGGCGGGGGCAGCCGGAGCAGCCCGGGCUCGGUGGCCGCUAGUCCGUCCGGAGGAGGUGGCCGCAGGAGGGAGCCGGCGCUCGAGGGCGUGCUCAGCAAAUACACCAACCUCCUCCAGGGCUGGCAGAACAGGUACUUUGUGCUGGAUUUUGAGGCUGGCAUCCUGCAGUAUUUUGUGAACGAGCAAAGCAAACACCAGAAGCCUCGGGGAGCCCUGUCUCUGUCUGGAGCCAUAGUGUCCCUGAGCGACGAAGCCCCCCACAUGCUGGUGGUGUACUCCGCUAACGGAGAGAUGUAUAAACUGAGAGCUGCCGAUGCAAAGGAGAAACAGUUUUGGGUGACUCAGCUUCGAGCUUGUGCCAAAUACCACAUGGAAACGAGUUCUAAGACGACUCCAAGUUCCCGAAGCCGCAGUCUCACUUUGCUCCCCCAUGGAACGCCCAAUCCUGCGUCUCCCUGUAGCCAGAGACACCUCGGCGCGGGGGCCCCCGGUGUUGUCACAAUCACGCAUCACAAGUCGCCUGCAGCUGCCCGAAGAGCCAAGAGUCAGUAUCCUGGCCAGCUUCACGAAGUCAGAGAGAUGAUGAACCAGGUGGAAGGACAGCAAAAGAAUCUUGUGCACGCCAUCGAGUCUCUGCCAGGCUCUGGCCCCCUCACUGCCUUGGACCAGGAUCUGCUGCUCCUGAAAGCUACCUCCGCCGCCACCCUCAGCUGCCUUGGGGAGUGCCUCCACUUGCUCCAGCAGAGUGUGCAGCAGGUGGGCCAGCCCAGCCACAAGCCGGGGGCCUCAGGUCUUGAUCAAGGGAGCGUGGUUCAGGAGUCAGAGAAGACACCUGUAACCAGACGAUACAUUCUAGAGCCAGAAAACAUCCUGGGAUGGCACGGGCCCAAGUCACAUUCCACAGAGCAGCUGAAAAAUGGGACACUUGGCUCUUUACCAUCAGCCAGUGCCAACAUAACCUGGGCGAUUUUACCAAACUCCGCUGAAGAUGAGCAAAGCUUGCCGCCGGAGCCCGAGCCAAACUCGGGCCCUGAACUGGUUUUGUCCGAAGAUGAAAAAAGUGACACUGAAGAUAAGGAAGAGACAGAAUUGGGCGUCAUGGAGGAUCAACGGAGUAUAAUUCUUCAUCUCAUUUCACAGCUCAAACUGGGAAUGGAUUUGACUAAGGUGGUGCUUCCCACGUUCAUCCUGGAGAAGCGAUCCCUGCUGGAGAUGUACGCAGACUUUAUGGCCCAUCCGGACCUGCUGCUGGCCAUCACCGCCGGGGCCACACCAGAGGAGAGAGUCAUUUGCUUCGUGGAAUAUUAUCUCACGGCCUUCCAUGAGGGCCGCAAGGGGGCCCUGGCCAAGAAGCCCUACAACCCCAUCAUCGGUGAGACGUUUCACUGCUCCUGGGAGGUUCCCAAAGACAGGGUCAAGCCAAAGAGGACUUCCCCCCAUUCUCCUGCUGGCCAUGAACAGCUGACAGCUGAGGACCCUUCCAAAAGCUACAAACUCAGGUUUGUGGCCGAGCAGGUGUCCCAUCAUCCCCCCAUCUCCUGCUUCUACUGUGAGUGCAAGGAAAAGAGACUGUGCGUCAACACUCAUGUAUGGACCAAAAGCAAGUUCAUGGGCAUGUCCGUGGGGGUCUCCAUGAUAGGGGAAGGUGUGCUGAGGCUCCUGGAACAUGGGGAGGAGUACGUGUUCACCCUGCCCAGUGCCUACGCGCGGUCCAUUCUCACCAUCCCCUGGGUGGAGCUCGGAGGCAAAGUGAGCAUCAGCUGUGCCAAGACGGGGUACUCGGCGACAGUCAUAUUCCACACGAAGCCUUUUUAUGGAGGGAAAGUCCACAGGGUCACAGCCGAAGUGAAGCACAACCCAACUAACACCAUUGUUUGUAAAGCCCAUGGGGAAUGGAAUGGUACCUUAGAGUUCACCUACAACAGCGGAGAGACCAGGGUCAUCGACACAACCACACUGCCAGUGUAUCCUAAGAAGAUCAGACCUCUGGAGAAGCAGGGGCCCAUGGAGUCCAGGAACCUCUGGCAGGAGGUGACCAGAUACCUGCGGCUGGGGGACAUUGAUGCUGCCACCGAGCAGAAGCGGCGCCUGGAGGAGAAGCAGCGGGUGGAGGAACGGAAACGGGAGAACCUCCACACGCCCUGGCAGCCCAAGUAUUUUAUCCAGGAGGGCGACGGCUGGGUGUACUUCAAUCCACUUUGGAAGGCACACUGAUGGGGUGGUGGUGCAGAUCUUUCAGAAAGAGCCCUGUUUUUGUAGGAAUUAAAGUGGUGCAGUAUCAAGGUUCUCCUGGUAUUCACUAAGACCUGUUGAUAUCAUUCAAGAAAUGGUACCUGAGAGAGAAAUGAUAUACUGUGAAAAUGCACUACCAAACCACUCUAGGAUUGAAUUUACUCAAGAGCCAUUUGGGGCAUGUGUGUGUGCACCGGUCUGUGUGUGAGUUCUCCGUACACUGUAUGUUCGCACACAUGCACUAUAUACACAUAUCUGCUGGGUAUUAUUACACAUGUAAAUACUGCACUUACCAAGAUUUAAGUGGGUAAUUACGAGCUCCUUUUUAUCAAUGAGGUUUGAAGUUUUCUAUUUUUCACUUUGCCAAAAAUGUUUUGCACUCACAAAAGUAUUCUUGUGUAGUCAAGUCCUGUCAAAACAGAGGUGAACUGAUAUGGCCCAGUUGGUGUCCAUAUGGUAGAAAGUGGCUCAUUCCUGGAGGAAGUGUAGGUGGCUGUCACUUCACAAUUAUUUUUGUGAUUCCCACCUCCCUUUUAGCAUUUUAUCCUUACUCAAGAAAGAGAAACUAUUUCCUGCUGAAUGGCAAAUGGGCAAGAAGCCUUAAGGGUUUGUGCCAGAGCCUUCCAUGAGGGAGCGUCUUUGGGAGAAGCAGGCUCACCUUGGAAUUAGCGUCCCAUCUCCUUGCCCCAGAAUCUUUCUGACAAUUUCUUCUGCACCAAGCAUUAGACAUUUUUCAGAAGCUGUUGCUUUUAGAAAACAAGUCAGAUGAAGACUUCACUACUUUUGUGAUGAAAAAGGGCUUUAGAAGUUAAAUACACGCAUGCAUAUAAAAAACUGCACAACCACAGCCUCAAUUUUGUAUUUAGUUUGGGGAGAGAGAAAAGAAUUUUCUGUCUGUGGUGGUGGUUCUUUUUUUUUAAGUGCGCCUCUCUUGUUUGACCCAAACUCAGCAAGAAAACCACUGUGAUUAAAUGACACACACAUAAAGACUGCAAAAGCGUUCCAUGGUUUCAGUUGAAUUUCAGUCCUCAGCCUUUACAAAUGAGGUCAAGACAUGACUAGAAUAUAAAGCAAGGAAAAAAUGAAGUAUUUGAUUUUUUGCUCAAUGCUUAAUUUAUUUUUUACUGUGCCACUCAGAAUAUUUAUAAAAAUCCAGUAGCAUGAAUGCUUCUCUGUAGUAAUAACUGAUUUUUGUGCCUUUUGUCUGCUUUCUUAAGACCAAUUGUUCACUUUGUAGAUAUUAGACAAUAUAUUUCGAUUAAGUACUAUACCUA